ACCCCGGUCGCAUGUUGAUGACGCAGUUCCCGAGCGCGACAGGGGAAGUGCUCAGCCUGCUCCACUACAUUCACAUUUAAUACAAUAUUUUGACCACAUACGGCUGAUGAGGAUUCGUCCACAGGUAUUAUAUUUAGAGUGAUGGCGGCGGAGAGAGGAGGAGAUAUCGUCUCUGAGUUCCUCGACCAGAAUCCACACUUGGAGAACUGGGUGGAAUCUUUAAGAGGACACUGUGAGACAAACAAACAGUGGCAUGCCAGAAAAGAGUUUGUCCUGCGCAAUAUGGAGGACUUUCCUACCAUCCAGCCCGGGACCCCAAGUUCUAGUUUGGACAGACUUCUGUCUCUGUCUAUGGUUUGGGCCAACCACGUGUUUUUGGGCUGUCGGUAUCCACAGUCCGUAAUGGACAAGGUAAAUGAGAUGGCUGAAGGAAUCACUGUGACUGAGGCCCCUGUGCGAAAAACUAGAGAUGAAAUCAUGGGAAAGACGAAAAGACCUGCCGUUUCAGCAGUGGAAGCUGAUUACCAGAGUAAGAAAGCUAAACCCGGCGAUACAGAAGCUAAAGCUCAUGCAAAGAGUGUUGGGCGUCCUUCUGCCAGCGCUGUGAAAUCGGGCCCGCAUCCGGGGGCCCCUGCAGAACACCAGCCCUUUUUUAAUCGACUCUAUAAGGCGGUUGCUUGGAAGCUCGUGUCCGCCGGCGGCUUCGGUCCCAACCUGGAACACUUUGACGUGUUGCGCUCCUGCGUGGAGUCGUGCAAGGCCAGUCUUACCUGUGUGUUCGUCCCGCUCAAAGACAUUCCCGACCUGCCUACGGGGCGCACCCAGAAAGAAGGACAGGUUUGUGAACUGCGCUGCUGCGCCGUCUACUUGGGUACGGGUUACGGCCGCGACGAGGUGGCCGCCAGGGCGAUGGCCUCCAAAGAAGCGCUCAAAGUGUUUCAAGGGCAAAAAGUGACAGUGAAAGUUUGCCGCCGCAGAUUCAGAGGACGAGACGUUGACGAUCUGGUUCUGCUGGAUGAACAGUCCAGGAGCCAGGCCUUCCCUCCGGCUCUCAGCUACCCCUUUCAAGAAGACCAGUAGAGCCCCGUACAGUCACCAUGAUGUAAAGUCUGUAGGUUCAGACCAUGGAGAUGUUUUUCAUUGCGGUUCCAAAGAGUUUAAUUUGUUCAGAUUUCAGUUGGUCUCGUUCAGAAUGGCGGUAGGUUUAUAGCUGCCUGUAGAAGUGGUUAAGAAAAAAAAAGAAUAGUUUUGUGCCUUGUAAAAUGCUUAUGUUGUUGCUUUAGAGUCUCGUUUGUGGUUUUGAGGUUUAGACGAUUUAGAUCUUCACGGUUGCUGAACAUCCAAUGUUUGUGGUUUCAAACGCUGCUAUUUUAAUGGAUAAAAUGUCAAUACCUUUUGUUUUAUUUAUUUCUAAAUCAAUACAUUGAGAAUAUACAGCAUGCAGAUGACAGUAGUAGUUUGUCCGAUAUUAAAAAAAAAAAAAUUAUGAUCACAAAAUAAAUCUUGGAUUAAUACAUGAAUGAUAACACAACUGUAAUGGUUAGACCCAGUUAGUAAUAAUAAUUAAAGAAAUGGGAUCUCGCCGUAAGCUUGAUAUAUUAAUUUCCCGAUACUCUCGUUUUUAAAAUACAUUUCCCUUGCUUCACAUGUAUCGGAGAGCUUUUAUUUAUUAACACGUGUCAUAACCACUUUCUUGGUCCUACACUGUGAGGAGGUUUGAUGUUGUUGAUGUUGUCGUGGACCUUUAAGCAGAUUCUUUGAAUGUCGAGUAAACCUGGCGUCCGUGUCGGAGCAGUGUUAAAUGUUCAAGCAGAGUGUAUCAAUGAAGUGUAAGCGUUCAGUUAAAUGUCUCUCAGCCUAUGGUUUAUAAACUGCUAGCUGUACUUGGUUCGACUGGGGUUAUUUUCUGAUUUCAUAAGACGUGACACGUUCAUCUAUCCGUAAGUCUUUGUUUUGUUUGGUAGUGACAUUUUAAAAAUAAAACAUCUCUAGAAAACUCCAA